UUUAAGAUUAUCAUAUGUGCGCGCAUAAAAUAAUAAUAAAAAUGAAGUGCGAUAAAUUGAAUAGUUUAUUUGUGACCUAAAAAAUAUUUCUGAUAUAACAAUUUACGCAUUUUCACAUAGUUUCUGGCUUUGAAUAUAUAAAUAUUAAAAGUGAUUUUGUUUCAAUGAAAACUCUUAUUUUUGUCAAUAAACUCUGCAAUCUACGUCCGGGAACUCGUCUAUUGUUUACAAUACCCGCACGCAGCACGUGAGACACGAUGAUUGUACCGCCGAUGUUGAUGUUAUUUGUUCCGCUCACCGUUGGUCUGCCCCGAGUGGGCCCGGAUGUUUUAUCAGGGACCGAGUACGUCCCUUCCUACAACAACACCGUACCAGGUUGUUGGUUAGGGGAGCAGUUCUAUAUGGUGGGAGACCGCUGGAGUCCACGAAUAGAACCCCAGGGAAUUAUGUACUGUGUGAAAUGUCAAUGUGCACAGGUUGUCCGUGGCGGCCGGAUACAGAUGGCGGGCCGGGUGUUGUGUCAGAACGUGGCGUCCCAGUGUCCGCGGUCCGCGUGUGAGCGGCCUUACCUGCCGCCCCGUGCCUGCUGCAAGGUGUGCCCAGGAGAAGACACAGUUGUAACGCCUUAUGAAACAGACGACACUGAUGAAGAAGCGCCUACAGGCAGUGAUGAGACUACUGACGCCUAUCCCAGUAAACCGAAUCUUAUUGUGACAGCGGUGUUGGCUGGGCGCGGGUUGGCCGGCCGGGGAGAAAAGGGCGUGCGCACGCGGGCGGCGGCCGUCUUGCACGUUUUACGCGCAUCAAGCGACGCUGGCCUUGAUUAUGCCAUCCGGUUUCAAAAAUUACACAAGCCACGUUCGCUGUUGUUCAAGGACCAGGCAGGAAAUACGGUCCUGGAGCAGAGGCUUCCAAAACAGACCAAACGCACCGGCGUAAUAUAUGGCAGCAUAAAUUACGUCACCAAUGACAUCAUUGAUCUCGUGACGGAAGGUGGACUGGCUGUAAUACUUACAACAUCAAAACACAAAAAGGGAGGACUAUUUGGAGCGCUUUCCGAAAACGAGUUAGCCAAUAUCGGUACGUUUGAGGCGGUGUUGGCUGGUGAAGGAAGGCGGGGCAUAGCGGGACACGUGACACUGUUCUAUGACACGCACACACACGUUGCCUCGUACGUCGUGAGCAUGGCGGGGCUGUCUUGGCACAAACUGGAUUACACAGACUUUGUCGUUUCAUUCGAGAAGUCAACUGAAAUAAAGUAUCAGCACGUACUGAACAUAUCUCCUACGACCCGGCGGUUGGUGGGUCAAGUGAACGUGGAUGGAGCCAUGUCCAAGCAGAUCGCACGUGGAAAGAUUCAUGUGCGUGUGACGUCACGGGACGGUCAGACCAUGACGGGGCAACUCAGGCCAAGACUUAUACGAACAAGUGGCGUAUCGCUGCUGUCCAGCAAGUCCGGGAAAGGGGCGGUAUCAGGUCACGUGACCGUUAGACUAGCCGAGGAUGGCGCACUGGAGUACAAGGUUUCGGUGAGUGGGUCUGAGGGGACACGGGUCGUACUACAGAGGCAACACAACCGGAAGGGCACUUGGGAUGAUUUUCGGUCGCUCAUCACACUUAACUCUACCCAACUUCAAAAAGACAGGACGGUAUCAGGGCGCGUGAGGAAGAUGCGGGCUCGUGACACAGUGGCGGUGCUCGGAUCCCAGAUCCGCCUCGCAGUGGUCGGUGGGAGCCAGAGGGAUUUCUUCUACUUUAUCAGCUACCCGCACUCCGCUAGUUUCAUAUGGCAAGCGGCCCCGGAUGUAUUGCUCCCGAAAGCCAGAGAAAAUUGUACGGGAGAGGCGCGGAUGUUCACUUCAGUCAGCCCGGACUGCUCUUUCCGGUACUUCGUGGCGUUGGCGGACACUAGCUAUGAGGUGGGAGAUCCCGUCACCAUCACUAUGGUUUCCAGGACUCUCGGUGUCGUCGGCAGGGAUAAAGAUGCGCCAUGGGGCGAACUUUCUGAGCUGCCGGAAGCCGUGUUCAAGGAGUUGUCGGAGGGCCGUGCCCGUGUCAUGGUAAACGUGUCUAUAGACGUGUGUUCAACGUACGAAGGACAGCUUAGACUUCCAAACCACUGCUGGGGUAGCGGAUCUAACACAUUUUGGACAGACGACGCCAAGUCCAACGACAUUGACGAAACUUCAGUCUUCCGCUGUUACUAUGGCGGCAAGUUUUACGCGCAUGCGCAGUCCUGGAUUCCUGAUGACGGGUCAGCAUGUGUUACAUGCAGGUGCAAUCGCGGAAAUGUCCACUGCGAUGAGGUGCCGUGUCCAGCGACCACCUGCAGAUACCCGGUACAGCGUCCAGGGGAGUGUUGCCCAGUGUGUGAAGAGGACAACGAGACCGAGAAGCGACACAAGGGGAGCUGCUACUACCCUGGGGAUAGACGCUGGCACCGUGUCGGCACCCAAUGGCACCCGUAUGUGCCCCCCUUCGGUUACUCCACGUGCGCAGUCUGUAAUUGUGUGGACGGAAGCCUUGAAGUGAACUGUACCCGCCUGCCGUGCCCGGAGCUGUCCUGUCCGCAACAUAGAAGGGUUCGGCGACAUGAGGAGGAUUGCUGCCAAGUCUGCAUUGAUGAAAAUUUUGAGAAAGCAUUCUUAAAUCGACAUAUAAAGGCGCAGAGCUCAUCAGCUUGUAUGUUUGGGGGUCAGCGGUACGGACACGGGGACAAAUGGCACCCGACCUUGCAUCCCUUUGGUGAAAUGAAGUGCUAUAUAUGUUCGUGUAAGAACGGGAAAUCUCGGUGCCGGAAGAUGCGCUGUCCCGAUGUGGAGUGCAGCAAACAGCACGUGCCUACGGAUGCCUGCUGUCCCGUGUGCUCGGAUCAGAAACUUUUGACACGUGAGGAUGGAACGUGAUUGCAAUGACGUCAGCGAUGAGAUUUACCUUCGGGUCACAGAUAAUCAUUUAUUGUGCUUAUAUUUCGAUUUCGUUUUAAGAGAUUAUUUUUUUUACACUGAACUGUUAAUAUUAUUGGAAUUAUAAGUUAGAAGAUGAUAAAACUUAUGCAUGUAUUUUUGCUCAAUUAUUUAAUACUAUUUUGAAUAUUGGGGCCAUCAACGAGCGUUCGACAACAUAUUGUGACAUCAUGAAUUUAAAUUAAAUAUAUAGUGGCUGUCACAAAAUGAAUUGGAUAAUUUUACAAAAAGAAUGCGACUGAAAAAUAAUAUAUACAAUGUAUAUGAUAUAGUGUAUAUUGUCCAGCUAUUAUAGGUUUUACAAUUAGAACUAAUUUUAUGAAUUGUGUAUGUAUUUUCUCUACAUGAAUUAUUUGAAUUGAGUCCCAUAUUUCUGAGCCAUACAACAGAAAUAAACUGAUAUGAACUGACCAAUAAAGCUAUAAGUUUCGUAACAGAUAUUACAACUAAUCAGAAAUAUCCUUUCCAAUGAAAGUGAUCGUGCGGUAAGUGCG